AUGGGGUUACAAUGGACUGGUGGAAAGGACACUGCAAUGCAGAAGGCGGGAUUGCACGGUGAUAUGAGAAGACGUAAAGCUAAAUCUUCGUCUCUUCUUGGAAUAUUUUCAAAUAUAUUACUGCCUCAUAUGUCGAGCAAAUUUGUUGUUACUUUGGUGUUUUUGCUUUCGAUUAUGGAAUGCCUUGUGUUAGUUUACUCUGAAAAUGGCGAAAAUCAGUCCAUUGCUUCAAUGUAA